AUGUCGGGCGGUUUCUUUCGAGGUACAUCUGCGGAUCAAGACACCCGAUUUUCGAACAAGCAAGCGAAGCUGCUUAAAUCGCAGAAGUUUGCACCAGAAUUGGAGAAUCUGGUGGACAUGACGAAGGUGAAUAUGGAAGUAAUGAGGCCUUGGAUCACCAGAAAAGUGACUGAGCUUCUUGGGUUUGAAGAUGAAGUGCUUAUUAACUUCAUACACGGUCUUCUGGAUGCGAAGAAAGUGAACGGGAAGGAAGUUCAAAUACAAAUUACUGGAUUCAUGGAAAAAAACACUGGUAAGUUCAUGAAAGAACUCUGGACACUUCUUCUCAGCGCCCAGAAAAAUGCCAGUGGUGUUCCUCAGCAGUUCUUGGAUGCUAAAGAAGAAGAACUCCUGAAAAAGAAGGCUGAAAAUGAUAGAAUAUCAACUGAAAUUCAGAGGAAGAAAGAUAAGGAAAGCAAAGAGAUCAUGGAGGAGAGGCUGAAGAAACUGGACGGAGGAUUAGAUGCAAAGGAAAAUGAUACUGCUUCAGAUCCAACUUUGAAGCUCAGGGACUUGGAGAACUAUGUUCAGGAUGGGAAAGAAACUGACAAGAGGAAUGGUGUUAGAGUAAGGAACAGGUCCUCACAUUCACCUGUAAUUUCCAACUCGCCUUAUCGAGGCUCACCUUCAAGGGCAAACAGUAAAUCAUUUUCAAAUUCCCGAAGUUAUUCAAGGAGUAUAUCCAGAUCACCGAAGGCCCGCGGAGGUUCAGUUUCUUCUGAAAGGAUACAACGUUUUUCACGACGCCAGUCUGUUUCUCCCCGAAGGCGUUCACCCCAACGAUCUCCCCACAGGAGGCUAUCUUAUUCAAGGAGAAGAUCUAGAUCUAGGUCAGACUCCAAAUCUCCUUCUCCUAUACGACGUGGGAUGCAUUCUCCAGUACGACGAGGCAGAUCACCCUCUCCAGUACGAAGACGCAGAUCACCCUCUCCAGUACGAAGACGCAGAUCACCUUCUCCAGUACGAAGACGCAGAUCACCACCCUCUCCAGUACGACGGCGCAGAUCACCUUACCCUGCGCGUCGGCGCAGAUCCCCCUCUCCUGUAAGACGACGCAGAUCUCCCUCUCCUGUACGACGACGCAGAUCUCCCUCUCCUGUACGACGACGCAGAUCUCCCUCUCCUGUACGACAACGCAGAUCACCUUCUCCUAUGCGGCGUCGACGUAGAUCACCUUCUCCAAUGCACCUACGUAGAUCCCCAUUGCCUAUUAGACGGAGGUCACCCUUGCCUAUGCAACAGAGAUCUCCUAACAUGCGGCGUAGGUCACCUUCGCCGAUGCGCCAAAUGCCACCAAGCCGUAGUCAAAGGUCAAGCUCUCCAAUGCAUUCCCCCGAAAUGCAAAGGCCUGAUAGUCGAAUUCCACGGCAUAGGUCUCCAUCUCCCUUGCGGUAUAGGACACCUCUUUCUGGUAAGAAAAGAGAUACAAGUGCCUCCCCUAAGAGGUCUUCUCAAGAUGACUGGAGUUCUCAGUCUCCUGUUCGUGUAUCUCCGUCUCCAGUCAAGAGAACUUUACCAAGACACCAAAGAAGUCCUGUGCAGUCUUCUAUGGGAAGAGUCAGGGUGCAAAAAAAAUUAUCACCAGAAGUUUAUGAACCCUCUAGCCCUUUGCAGUCUAUACAGACAGAUAAAAAUGGCAAAGCUUCGGGCUAUAGAUCACAAGAUUCAAUGUCCACACCAGAUAAGUCUCCAAUUCAAUCAAUAUCACCACAAGCAAUAAGUAAGACUAGCAGUAAAAAUAGAAGUCCACAUGAGAUCCGUCUGAUGCAAAGAGAGAAGUUGGUCAAUGAAGGAAGUUUGAGUCCCCCAAAGAAGUCAACAAACCAUAAACCUAGCCAUGACAUCCCAGAGACAAGUGAAGGAACAGAAGAAGCAUAUUAUUCUAGAGAGCUUAGAGAUCCUAAAUCAAAUUCAUCUGAAAAGAAAUCAAGACACUCCCCGGUUAGUAAGAGAAUAGGAUCAUCUGCAAAAUUUAAUGAUGAGGAUGAGUUUAAUCUUGAAAGGGCAGCUAGUCAUCUGGCUUCUGAGUAUAAUCAUUAUGAUAGCAAUGAAAGGAGUAAGAAAGGCCAGGAUAUUAAAUGUGAUAAAUCUUCUGGCAAGGGAAGUGAGUCUCCUGGUCAACAGAAGUCACCAAUGAGCAAAGAAAUUUUUUCUAGCAAGAAGCCUCGUGAUUCUUAUGAUGCAGAAAUAAGAAAAACUGAUGACAAGGAUCAAUCCAACUCAAAGUUUGCCAAAAGUAGUGAUCAGCACCACAAACCAGAAGCUACUCAAGAUUUAGUUGGAAAAGUUGACCACAUCAAUCGGAGUGCUUCUUAUGAUUCUGAAGAAAGUAGUAAGCAUAGAAGGGAUGGAAAGGAUAGAAGAAAGCAUAAAAGGUCAGAGAAAAAAGCCGUCUCUUCCAAUGAGAAUGACAGUUAUGAUUCUGAGUUAGAGGACAGGAAAGAGGCCAAGAGGAGGAAAAAGGAAGAGAAGAAGAAGCUGCGAAAAGAGGAGAAGCACCGAAAGCGGGAAGAGAGAAGACGGAAAAGGGAAGAACGGCACGCUGGAAAGCUGAAAAUGAAGAGUAAAACAGACACUAUUUCAGAAGAUGAGGAAGCUGAACGAAAGGAUGGUCAUCAAAAUGAUGAUGAAGAAGCACCAUAUGAUCCACAGAAGCUUGAGAUCGAGCUACGAAAUAAGGCUCUUGAAACCCUCAAAGCAAAGAGGGGCAUGAACAAUUAA